GCAUCUCACUGUAACAUUUCAAUUCUUCAUCAUACCUUUCUUUGUUUGAACAACUCAUACACAACAAGCCAUUUAAAGUAGAGACUACAAGGAUGUCUUUAGCAGCUCGCUCACCCCGAUCUCGUAAAUCCCUCUCGGCGUUCGAUACAAACAUCAGCGCCAACUUCACACUUCCGGUUACAAACAAGGGAAAGAAGAGGGUUGUCGCAAGCAUGGAUGGGGGAGCCCUCAGAGACAUGGAUGCUGCAUCUAUCAGGGCGGAUAGUUUCAAUAUGAAAAGCAAUCCAAGGCGUGACGUACAACCCAGAAAAUCUAUCCUUAAAUCUUUUUCGGCUCCAUAUAUUACCCAUCAAGCGGAGGAUGAGACAGCGGAUUACAGCGCUUCCCAUCAAUAUGCUCAUACAGUAGCUUUCGGGCCCCUGAGCAGCAAUGUUCGCUCCGACCCGACCUCUAGGAAUUCGAGACAAAGUCUGGGAGGAAGGCGGGUCAGUUUCGCUCCCAAUGCACAUGUUCGUAUGUUCGAACGCCAAGUUACUAAAAAUCCCCGGGCCUCGUUCGGUUUCUCCUUUACAGAAACUUCAACCCCUUCUCUGAAGUCGAAUCACUCCCGUCGCUCAUCAAUCCUUAAUAUCGGCUCAGUAUCAAAACCCAACAUAUUUGCUCCGAGCAUCUUCCAAGGAGAAGGGGAAGCUCAGGGCGAAGAGUCGAUGGAGAUUGAAGAUGAUAAGGAGUUGAGUGGGUUCGACACGAGCGAGCGAGACGAAGCACAGCAAGAGCAUGGCCACGAUGGAGGUGCAGAAGGCGAGGAGUCCAUGGAAAUGGAGGAGGAGGACAUGGACAUUACGCAACAUAUCUAUGGUGGAAUCGUCCGACGGUCAUCAAUUGCUCCUACCGUCGCCGCACCUUCUGAGCUAGAUGCCGGCGCCGACACCGAAGAGGAGUCCGACAACGGCCAAGAACAUUCCCAUCUCGAGGACGAGGAAAAGACCAUGGACUUUACCAUUGCCGUAGGGGGUCUCCUACCUCAUGAAGCUCCAGCUACAGCAACUCGAAACCGAAACUCUAUCGGUUAUUCGUUCCCCAACCCUGAUGGUCCAGCUCUCCCAAAUCUAAUGCCUGGUCAAGCUGAAGACCAUGAGGUUGAAUAUCCCAUGGAUGAGACGGAGGCAUAUGGAGCCAUUAUUGGGCAGGACAUCUCGUUCAGUUCUGGAAGCGAGGAUACCAUGGGCUCGAGGAACGGUGACAAGACUAUGACUUUCACAUACAAUCAUCACAUUGCCCUUCCUACGCAGAUCGAUGGAGACGACAGUAUGGAUAUGAUUACCUCAGCAGGCGGAAUAAUCAGUUUACCUCCUGUCUCACCAAGACUUAGUGUCCCCAAUAACACGCGGCCUAUCAAUGGCACUCCUUCUUUUGCCCGCCCAACCGUUUCUUCCGCACAGAAGACUACAGCGACCAAGCGUAACGUCUUCGCUCCUUCACCAAGUCCACUUAAGUCAACCACCCCUAGGAAAAGCGGUAUUCAGACUGCUGCUGAGGUGGCAAAGCGGUUGAGCUUUGGCUCUGUCACCUCAAGUGGAGGUAAGAAGCGUGUUAGGGAGGAUAGUCAAGAGGCAGAGGGAAGUAUGAAGAAGAGUAGAAUCGAAGCAGCGGCGGAAGAAGUGUUCGGUACUCCUCACCAUGUCUCACCUUUUAAUAAACCAGAGGAAGCAGAACCUUCUACGCUUAUCGUUCAGAGCACCACACCUCCGUCUGAUCCUCCUCAGGGAACUGUUAUGUCCACUCGUCGCUCGUCCCUGGGCACAGCGAUGCGUCUUUCUUUACCGCCCCAGCGAUCUCUGGCCCCUCCACAGCAGGAAGCUGAAGAACAAAACAAAAAGAAUGUUACUGAACCCCAGCAACGCAUGCAUGAGCAACCUCAGGACAUAUCUCUGGCGGCGUUCUUGGAGAUUGCUGGUGUGCAGUUUAUGGAAGGGCUGCCUGGGUUGAACAGGAAGAGAAGUAGUGUGGCUAAGGAGAUCUUGGGGCAGUCCUAUGCGAAUGAGAGGGACUUCGCUCUUCACGAGUACACGGAAGCGCAGGUCAACAGCAUUUUCCUCAACAUGUAUACUUGGGCCUCAAAUAAACUUUUUCAAGAUAUCCAGACUGGUGAUGAAGAGCUCACUGCCGUCGCUGCACGAUGCGAUAUUGACAGUCCCCCUGUAAUUCAAGAAUAUCUUGCCGCGUCGGACGAAGAUAAGCAGCUGUUCGAAAUGACCUUCAAAUCAUUCAAAACGAAUACUCACUUAAAGGCGAAGGAGAUGUGGUACGACUGGAUGUGGCAAUUGCUCGAGACUAUCAAACCAGAUGUCGAAACAGUGUUAAUGGGCAUGAAAGAGGACAAGAAACGUUUAACGGCGUUUGAAGAGCAAGCUGUCGUUCUUCUCCCUCAACUCCGAGCAAGGAAGAUCGAAGUAGAAUCUAAGCUUGUCGAAGAGCGAAAAGCUGUAGUUGAAAUUGAAUCAUGUGACCAAGCAGAGCUGGCUGCAUAUAAAGAAGCUAUAGCCGAGCAAAGCGCGCAAAUUACGAACUUCAGCACCGAAGUUGCAGACCUCAAGGAUGAACUUGCUACUCUUACAGGCAAGUUAGAGGAGUUGAAUGCAAAGAAGCACGAGUAUGAAACGGCGAUCGCGCAUGCCAAGGGCCAAUGCGACCAAUUCACAAGAUCGGACGCCAUACGUCUGCAGGAGGAGAGCAUUUCUUUACAACAUCUUCAUAUGUGGCAUCCAACUAAGAUACUUCCCGAACGUAUGGAACUCACCUAUGAUGCGGAAAUCCUUCUUUCCAUCAACUGCUCCAACUAUAUCCCUGACAUCUCUUCUGCAACUUUGGAGUACCUAUCAGAACGAAUGCAAUCGUCCAAGCGAAAGUGUUCGGGCAUUAGAGGCGAGUCACCAUCUAGAUGUUUGUUCGAGGUUUUCAAAGGUGCUGUGGGGGACAUGAUUAAGCAUAAGACUUGGGAUCUUCCUUCUUUCGUUCAACAAACCGGCCUCCUCUGGUCCAACGCGCAACGCAUCCGCGCUGAACUUCGUUACAUUGAGUUUCACCACCCACUCUUCAUUACAUAUAAUUCCUCCACUUUUCUCAUGUCUGUCAGUGCCAGCAUCAUGAUCCCACAGGCGAAAAGCAAGGUCCUCGUGUGGUUUGACGUUGAUAAGAGUGUUGUGCAUGGCUUCCCCGGAAGCCUGGGUGGCGUCGUGGUCUCAGUAAAGAGUGUUUACGGGCAAGCCGAUGUAAACCUGCUCGAGCAGACCGCGCGACAAACCAUUGAAAUGUCUAGGCCGGAAGCAUGCCUGGGCACGUUCCUGCAAGUCUGCGUAGAAGUCGGUGCAAGAUACUCCAGUUGAAGGGGGUUAUGUCGAGGCUGGAAGGAUACGAGAACAGGUUGUAUGGUUACAAGGGAGUCUGGGUCUUUUGGGAUGGAUAAAUACAGUUUUAUUUAAAUUUUGAGCAAUUUUGCUUGGAUGAAUACUUAGUUUGUCAAUCAUGC